UGCUUAAAACCUGAUGUCCCCCUACAUUAGGGUAUGAGGGACUAAGGAUGAGGGGAACCUCACCGCUUCCCUUCGACUGGCUAAAGCAGGCUUGUAUUUCUUCAUGAUCCGUGUGCUAGUGCUAGACGAUUUCCCACGGAAUGUAUAGGAUAGGGCUUUGCUGUAGUGCUAGUCAAUGAAAUGUGUGGACAUGUAUGCAAAGUGAAACUGUGACAGAGUAUCAGGCCAGACGACAAGUUGUGUUACUCUGGGAGAGUUGUGCUCAGUCUAAGUACUUUGUAAAAGUUUGUUCUGGCCAUCAGUGCAGUUAGGACUGCUCAAUCUGGGAAGAUCUUAAGGAUUUUACGUGUUCGAAGGUGAACAUUAUCAAGGAGUUAUGAGGAUUAUACAUUCUAUAUUUUGUGCUGAAAACCAAGGAAGGAGUUUAAGAUUGAGAGAAGAGAAACCAUGAAUAGGCACACAGAAGAAGAUAUGAAUGAAUGUUUGAGUUUAGUGUUGGAUAAAUAUUGGAAGGUAUUUAAUGAUGAACUUGAUCAAGUAACAACAUGGCUGAAAGAGGCAGUAGAGUUUACAGAAUGUUGGCAAGCACCAUCCCACGGUAUCCCCAGCAUCAGGGUACAACUGGAGAGACAUUUGGCAUUUUCCCUUGAGGUACAAACCCACCAGAACCAGACCGAACGAGUGGUGUUACAGGGCCAGGACAUCAUAGAACAGUCUCCGAGCCUAGCAUCUAGUCUUGGUCCAAGACUGGAGGCAAUGGUCAGAGAAUGGAACCUCCUUGAAAGAAGUCUAGACAUCCAGGCCAAACAAAUUAAAGAAGCUCUGGCUGUGGUGGAGGCUAGCAUCAAUACAGGAUUCAAAGGGAGAUGUGAUGAUCUUCUUGUUGAGGAAACCAGGGAUGCUAUUGAGUUCAUGAGGAUUAAACUCAGACGCAAUCAAGGAAGAAGUUCACCUGUCAAUGUCUCCUUCUCACACACGAAAACAAACCCCACAGAUACCACCACACAGUCACCACCACAGAGCAGCAGGUUUUCACCAUCAUGUACCAGCAACAGCUCACCGCUGAGCUCAAGCCCGGAGUUCGAAGUACUCUAUAACGAGCUCUCUGAUUGGUUGAAUGACAUGCACCUGGCCGUGUCAGACAGCGCUGAUAUGCGAGUCUCGGAACAUCAUAAGCAACACAUGUGCAAGGGCUAUGAGCAGGAGCUGCAGCUGAGGGAGGUGAGCCGGAGCAAGCUACAGAGGAAAGGGAUCCAGCUCAUGGCCUCCAAACCCAGGCUUGCGGAUGAUAUCAGCACCAAGCUAGAGUCUCUCAACCAGCAGUGGCUCGCACUGCAACAGCACAUCGCACCGAGCCCACUCCUGGCACGCAAGGCUAGCACUUCAAGAAGUCCAGCUGCAUGUGUAUUUGGCAGCGCGGAGCAGGCCAUGAGCAUGGCGUUGGAGGUCGAGGAUGUGAUCGGUCAGUUGAGGACGUGGUUGACGCAGAUCGAAGGGAGAUUGUUUGAGACGGAUGGUGAUAUGUCGGACGUCGGCCAGCUGGAAACAAGAUUAAGAUCUCUUCAGAAUAUCAAAGAUGAGAUAGAUCACAACAAUCAGAGCAUCGACGUCGUUCUUAAGCUGUGCAGUCUUCUCCAAGACGACGAUUGGUAUCUCAGCACCCAUCAACGAGAGAGAGAAUCCCUUCAACUAGGCGCUAUCAAUGUGGAGAGAAGAUGGCAGAAUAUCAAGACGCACUCCGAAGAGAUGUUAUGCCAUGUCAGGCAAGCUCUGGAAACCACCAAGGCCUAUUCUUCUGGUACAUCCUCUGGAGAUGAGCAGAGGUCAACGACACCAGACCUUCCCUUCAUCAUGGAAGAGAGCGACCAUGAAGAGGCAAAACUUCAACUAUCUCAGUCAGAGAACUCCAUCCAUCUUAUCCAUUCAAGGUUUCAACCUUCCGGGGCCAAAGACGAUGACAUGGUCGAUGGCUAUGGCAACAGGAUGCACAACCAGGGGCGGACAAUUGAGUAUGAUGAUAUCUUGGUGGCAAGGGAAGCAUUCUCAGAGAACGACGCCUUCAGCAUCAGCGAUGCCUCUGAGGUCUCUGCUGAGGAUUUUGCCUUUGAUGAUCAUCUUCCAUUAAAGGAUGAGGAAGACGAGGAGGGUGAGCUUGAUGAUGACUUAGUGCUCCCGCUUAGUGAGACACCCGACAUCAUGGAGCUCACGGACGAGAUGCUGGAUGCCUAUCUUCAGCUUGAGAAGGAUUUUCUCCAGGAGGUAGAGGAUGAGAUGGAGGAAGAGGAGAAGACUUCCAAGGCAGCAGCAGCCCUGGAGUUCUGGUCGAUGUCUCCAAGAGAAGAACACAUGCUGAAGGCAGAAGAUCUUCAAAAAAUGCAUGCCGCACUGAAGGGUCAAAUUGAGGAGCAGAAGAUUGAAGAGGGAGAUGGGGUAGAGGAGGAGAAAGAAGAUGAGAUGUCUUUUGAGAAUAUGUGCAAUGCCUACUCUGAAGCAGUAGCAAAUCUUGAAGAACACCAUGGUCGCUUAGACUCGGUUGGUUCAGACUUUCUGUCGGAGGAAGCAGAGGAAGCCUUGGAGUGUUUGGCAUCAGAUGAAGAUAUCGGAGAUGAGUAUGACGCAGAUCUGGAGGAUGAGUGUUUCUUUACAGAGGAUGCUGUCCAUAGCACCACUGAACUAUUAGAUAUCAUGUACACAGAGGAAACCCAAGAAUUCAAUGAUGACUUUGCCGGGUGGAUGAUUGGUUCCAUGGAAGAUGUGGCAGAAUACCCAGACUCUUUGGAGAUGGAAUCCUUUACUUCUGACGAGAGCUCAGAACGAAAGGAAUCCUCUCACUUACAGAAUAGUAAAGAAGAGGAAGAGGAGGAGGUAGAAGAGGAGGAGGUACAUGAUGGAAUGGAAGAUGACCUUCCAGAAAUCUGUGCGGAUGAUUCCAUCUUCUCUUCUGAAGAGGAUGCAUCUGCUUCACCCCCAACACUGCUCUCUACGUGGCCUCAGGAAAACCCACAUUUUUUCCCACCAAUCUCAAAUGAGUCAUCAACCAAUUCUCUGUUUUCCUCUCUCAAGAGCCUCUCAUCCUCGCCUGAUGCUCAGUCAUUUUUCAAAGGCUCCAGGCUUUUCCCAUCUCUGUUAUCAAAUGAUGAGGCCAGCAGCUCUCCAAGAUAUGAAGAAGAGGAAACUACCCCUGGCAUUCCAUUUCGAAGACACAGUUUAGGACAGAGGAGACAUUCCCAGUGGUCAAAUGGCCCAACUGAAAAGGAGGAAGAGAAGGAUAAUCUUUUAGAAAUAACGGGUAUUAGUCUUAGUCACAUGUAUGAGUCUUUGGAUUUUGUGACCGAACUUGUGCAUCAGAUAGCACCUGAGGAAAAAGACAGAAGUCCUGACCAAAAUUCCAGAUUUUCUGACUUUUCAGAUGCUUUGGGUAGAGCAGAAGUGAAAACGUCCCAUUCCUUGUCCGAUAGUUUUGAUAUCGUGUCCAACAUUGUCCGUAGAAUGGUGCCAAGUUAUGAUGAGGAUUUGGACUCAGUGGAGGAGAGAAGCUCCGCAGGCAAACAAACAGAUUCCAUGGAGGAAGUAGAUAGUUGUAGCCAAUCAGAGGGCUUACAGGAAGUUAUUGAGGCAGCCAGCAAUACGACGCUAAGUGAUUCACUUCCUCUCAGCCACUCUCUAUGGCAGGAUUACAUGCAAACUUGUACUGGUAGUUUCAAUUUCACGUGGCCGGCGGGAGAAGCACACUGCGAUAGAGACUGCACUGAACUGGCUAGUAUUCAGGCUGCUGUGAAGCAUACAUUAUCGAAAGCACUGAAGGGAGAAGACGAGGAAGAGAGUUCAAUCAUGAGUCCUGAGCAAGGAAAGAAGUCAAAGAAGAACAAACGCAACAAGAGAAAGUCUGGAUCUUCUGUAUCUGACACGCAGUCGGUACAGACCGAAGGCAGCUGUACAGGUAGUUGCGAUACAGGAUUCAACUCGCUGCUGAGUACCGACGACGAGAAGUCGACCCAUGACACGCCGAAGCUCUCCGAAGUUGACAGCCCUUGUACCGUUGUGGAUGAGAAUGACACUUCCCUCAACAAGUCAGGCUAUAUGAGUUACGUCUCUCAGAUCGCAGAAGCCUGCUCUGAAGGUAACUUGGACCAGUACCUGAGCACCCAGAAGCACAAGCAAUGUUACCUGUGGUCGGUGCCACCUCCUGCGGAGGACAGUCCCCAGGAAGCUGCUCUGAAGGAAGAGAUCAUGGGGCUGGAGAAGGAGGUCAACGAUCUCCUACUGACCACCGAGGAACUGGAAUCCAAAUGGGAGCUGGAUUCCCAGGCCACCGAUAACACUGACCGCCUGAUAGAGGCGACCAACACCCUGGUGGAAGAACUGAAGAGCGGGAAGAACCUGGAGGCCGGAGACCUGGAGGAGGAUCAGGUCGGGAGCUGGAAGGAUGUCAUCGUGCUGUGGAUGGAUAAGAAUGGCAGGGUACGGGAUGCUGAGACACAAGGCUGCACACCUAUCACUGUCUCACCAGACUACUUGCACUCUGAAGGUGGACAUAUGACUCCUAUUAUUGAGGAGAUUACCUCGAUGGAAGCGUUGGAAGCACACCAGAAGCCUGCCAUCUUACCACACCAGAAGCCUGCCAUCUUACCCAGCCAGCACCAGGACUUGGACAUGGUGGACCAUCCCGGUAGCGCUACCCACUCCCCACACCACCACCCCCAGAGAACCGUCAUCUACGCCAAGGACGCCUGCGAGCAGUACGAACUCCCGAAGCAAAGUAAGUCCUUCACGAGACGGGUCUUGGGCGUGGCCUUUCCCAUUCAGGUUCUCCUCUUUCUCUGCACCGUCUUGGUCCUGGUGCUCCCGUCCAUGGUGGUACCGUACCACGGCGACUGCUACCUGUCGCUCACCGACAACCUCAUGUUGGAUGCGUCGGGACCGGUCAUGAGCUACGUCAGAGGGCCGCCGCCGGUGUGAGACCACCUCCGCCGAACUGACAACGUAAUUGGUAUACAACUCAUUUUACAAACUCGCCUCAUUUAUCUUUGAUGUCAUUUGAUGUCAGUAUUUUAUUGUGCUUUAUGAAUGUCAACGUCAUAUAUUUUCAACCUCAUCAUAUAUUUUCAGUAUUGUUUUCCUUUUCCAUAGUGAUUUAUUUUGAGAAAUGAAUAUUUAUCAGUGUGCGCAGAUGUAUUGUAGAACAAUAAAUUAAUCUUUCAUUUCAGAAUGUCCCAUCAUUUGAUUUGAUGUUUUCCAUGUUUCUUUCACAUUAGUGUUUUGAAUCAACUGUGGAUGUUCAAUAGUGUUUGUAGCGAGUCUACAAACUUAUUAUCACGCUUUAUUGAAAUGGCAAUCUAUUUUUUAUCAGAGUUAUUUUCUGCUUUGUGAGAAAAAAAAUAUAGUUUGAUGUGGAACUAUAAAUAUAUUUGCCAUGUUUCUGGAUACCAAAGUUGUGUAAAGCUACAUUGAUGCCUUGUGACUAUUCUCGGUCUUCAAAAGUUGAGCGCUUAUUUAAUCUUCCUUGUAUUGAUUACUCGUGAUUGUUUACAAUGGUGUCAGUGUUAUCUUAUAAGAAAAAAAACUUCUUUGAAUUGAGCGUCAGUACCAGCAUUUUGAAGAUAAAUGACAUUGGUAUAGAAUAAGCACUGAAACCAUGUUUUAAACAUUUCUUGCGUUCACUUAUUGAUAUAUUUGUCUAUUUGUUUCUCUAUGUCCAGUAAUGGUGUGUUGUGUACUUUUUGUCUGUCGCUUUCUCUUUAUCAACUGAGCUGGAUAGUAGUAUUUUUAACCUUCUCAUUGAUCCCGCUGUGUCAGUGAACUCUACUAUAUUAUUUCAGUUUAAAAACAUUCAUGAAAUAUAAUGCUUGUAAAUAGCUUGUAUAUUACUUGUAUGAUAUUUCUUAAUUGAAUUAUUAACUCUGUAAUAUAUGUAAGUUCUCAUGUAAAAUUUCAUUGUAUAUUUGUAACAUACAUCUCAACCUGUACAUAGUAUAAAUAUGUAUAUUUUAAAGAGAUAUUUGUAUAUGAGAUAUAAACAAUGUUGGAUGUUGAGAUGUGCCAGUACACAUGGAUAUACUUAAGAACAUCCAAAAUCAAGCCUUUUGUGUAUGCAUCAAUAUAUAUUGUGUGUAUGUGUAGUGUGUGUAUGCAAUUCUUUGAUUUUUUUAGUAGACACUUUCACUUUCAUGUUUUGCUUCAUUUCCUGGUAAUAAUUUGCUUGAUUUGAAUAAUUUCAAAGAAUAAUAUCAAGAAUACCAUCCCAUAUUGGCACGAUGCCAUUUGAUUGUGUUGAGAUUUGAAGAAUGAAGAAAGUGAAUUAAAUUUGUGCUUGAAUCAUAUUUAGAAGCCAUAGGAGUUAUAGAAAAAUCGGGGUAAGAACUAAAAUCUUUAAUAAUCCCAACCUUC